AUAGCUCCCACUAUAUAAGCCAAGCCCAACUUAAAACCAUUCUGCCACCGCUUCCUCCAUUGUAUCACUACUUCACCACUACCCAGAAGCAUGCGCCCCGCACGUGCUGGGGAGCCACCGAUGACCUCUCUGUUCCUGCUCCUCCUCGUUCUCUUCCUCACGCCGGCCGCGGUUGUGGUGGCGUGGCGGCCGUGGCCGCAAACCGUCCUCAACACCACCAUCAUCGCCACCGGAAAAGACGGUGGCGUCGCGAUGGACCUCGGUGCUUCCAAGAAGUACGAGGGCUCGUCGGAGUUCGUCCACCUCCGCUACCACAUGGGCCCCGUCCUCACUGCCAACAUCACCGUCCACCCUAUCUGGUACGGCGCCUGGACCCCCGCCCAGAAGCACAUCCUCCGCGCCUUCCUCCGCUCCAUCUCCCCCUCCGACCCCGCCGCCGUCCCCUCCCCCUCCGUCUCCGCCUGGUGGCGCACCGUCCGUCUCUACACCGACCAGACCGGCGCCAACGUCUCCCGCAACGUCCUCCUGGGUGCCGAGAAGAACGACCGCCGCUACUCCCACGGGAAAUCCCUCACCCGCCUCUCCAUCCAGUCCGUCAUCCGCGCCGCCGUCACCGCCCGUACCCGCCCUCUCCCCGUCAACCCCCGCGGCGGCCUGUACCUCCUCCUCACCUCCUCCGACGUCGCCGUCCAGGACUUCUGCGGCCAGGUCUGCGGCUUCCACUACUUCACCUUCCCCUCCAUCGUCGGCUACACCCUCCCCUACGCCUGGGCCGGCAACUCCGCCGCCAGAUGCCCGGGGAUCUGCGCCUACCCCUUCGCCGUGCCGGACUACAUCCCGGGGGCUCGCUCGGCGGGGCGGCCGCCGAAUGGGGACGUGGGGGUGGACGGGAUGGUGAGUGUGGUGGCGCACGAGCUGGCGGAGAUGGCGUCGAACCCGCUGGUGAAUGCCUGGUACGCCGGCGGGGACCCCAGCUUCCCGACGGAGAUCGCCGACCUCUGCGAGGGGAUCUACGGCACCGGCGGCGGCGGGGCGUACACCGGCCAGCUCCUGGUGGACGGCCGCAGCGGCGCCGCGUACAACGUCAACGGCGUCGGCGGCCGCAAGUUCUUAGUGCAGUGGAUCUGGAACCCUAUCCUCAACUACUGUUCCGGCCCCAACGCUCUCGACCAAUGAGAGGAACAGUAUUAUUGGAUUAAGCAAAAAGAGUACCAUGGUGUUUGUUUUAUUUAUCUAAUUAUAGUUUAAUUAAGUUUUAAUAUGGUCUUCUCUUUUGAGUUAGUAGUAAGUACAAUGUUAAUAAGAGGAAAGGAGAGGGGAGGAGUAAUUUGAUAUUUUUGUGUAUAUGGAUGUGAGCUUGUUUUGUUGUACAAAGGGUGUAGUUAGGAUGGGAUUUGCUCUGGCUUUUGCUUUAGCUGCUAUGUAUCUUGCUCUGUGGUUGUUGCAGUGGUCCGGGUUUUGCUUCACAUACUCUGUUUCGUUGUUUUGCCGUGUUGUCUUGAUGUUAUGUUGGUGGAUAAUUUUUGGAAUUUCAAAUUUGAGGGCAUAUGUAGAGAGAAGUCUCUUGUAAUUUUUCUUUGUUUGUUUUUGACGUAUUUGGUAUUAUAGCUUCAUUGGAGGUAAGAAGAUAUAUUUAAGGGAGUUUCAUUUCAUUUCA